AUGGCCAGCCAUGAUUCUGCAUCGGAAGAAGAUCUAGAAAUUGCCAGAAUUUUAGACGAAAGACAUUCUAAAAACACGACCAAAAGUACUAAAACGGCAUUGAAAGCAUUUGUAAAAGCUGCCGGAAAUGUAGCCGAGUUACAAGACAAAUAA